GACACGCGGCUCAUCCGCUCGCCUCCUCUUUGACGUCAGUCGGCGAUCACAUGAACGAGCAGCGGCCAAUCGGCGCGGCGCAGCGGAGAGUGCACGCUCCUCUUCACACCGAGACAGAAAGGCGAAUUCAACGAAACCGAGGCAGCGAACGGACACGAAAGCCCACGGAGGGACCGCACAGCUGCCGCCCGAGGAGACCCCCGCGCGCGGCGCCGCUCCCCCGCCGAGGAUUACCGCGUUCGGCCCCGGAGGGGCGAACGGAUCGGAUAAGGCCAUGGCCCUAACACACUGAGCCGCUCGUUGACGGUUCGGGGGGGUGGGUGGGAGUGAAGACGCACCGUGGAGACAGUUCACGGGCUUUGUGCGCGGACGGAAAUGGUGGAUUAUCGUGAAGGGCUUACAGAGACCCCCCUGCGCCUGGAUCUGCUGCUGUGAAACCCGCGGCUGUGCGUGGGCCCGCCGCACUAACUGAAGAAGUGUUGUGGCGGUGGGUCGGUAGGUACCCCCACCCCCUCCCGCGACCUUAUCCGUGUCUGGUUUUCGUUUUUCUCUCGGCUGGGCCCCCCGAUGGCGGAGUCCUGAGCCCCCCGGCGGCUCCAAACGUUCGGACGACCAAGUCUGCUGGAUCAGGGGAGAUGGAUGUGAACGGCGGCGGGGAGCUGCACAACAACCAGUUCUACCAGUGCGAGGAGAGCAAGCCGCUGCUGGGGGAGAUGUCGGAUGGCCACAACAACGCCAAGCCGGGCGCGGGGCCCUGCAAGCGGCCCCUGCACCACUGCAGCAGCAGCGGGAUGCGCUACAAGCUGCUGCACGAGGGCGACAUCCAGGUGUGCGUGCUCAAGCACCCGCGCACCUUCCUCAGCAAGAUCCUCACGUCCAAGUUCCUGCGGAGAUGGGAGCCGCACCACCUCACGCUGACGGACAGCUGCCUCAGCUCUGCCACACCCACGGGUUAUAUGGAGACGUCGUUGUCCUACAGCUCCAUGGAAGACCUGCAGCUCCUGUCCUGGGACAAUGCACCCAAGUACUGCAUCCAGCUCAGCUUCCCCGGCGGCACCGUCCUGCUGCAGGCUGCAAACAGCUACUUAAGGGACCAGUGGUUUCAUUCCCUGCAGUGGAAGAAAAAGAUCUACAAGUACCGUAAGGUCCUCAACAACCCGAGCCGCUGGGACGUGGUGCUGAAGGAGAUCCGAGCGCUGGUGGACAUGGCUCUGAGCUCUCCUCUGCAGGACGAAUCCAUCCAUCAGGCUCCUCUGCACAUCAUCUCCACCCUGCUGGCAGAGAACUCCAGCCUCAGCGCUCAGGAUCAUGAGAAUAUCAUUGUGGCCAUCGCUCCUCUCCUGGAAAACAACCACCCCCCUCCUGACCUGUGCGAGUUCUUCUGCAAGCACUGUCGCGAGCGGCCGCGCUCCAUGGUCGUGAUCGAAGUCUUCACGCCUGUGGUCCAGAGAAUCCUCAAACACAACAUGGACUUUGGGAAGUGUCCGCGGCUGCGCCUCUUUACUCAGGAGUACAUUCUGGCUCUGAACGAGCUGAACGGAGGGAUGGAGGUUGUCAAGAAGUUUGUCCACAGCAUGCACGGCCCCACAGGGCACUGCCCUCACCCGCGAGUCCUGCCAAACCUGGUGGCUGUGUGUCUGGCCGCCAUCUACUCCUGUUACGAGGAGUUCAUCAACAGCCGCGACAACUCCCCCAGCCUGAAGGAGAUCAGGAACGGCUGCCAACAGCUGAAUGACCGCAAGCCCCCCAUGCCGCUGCGCCUGUUGCGUCCAGAGCCACCAACGCCUCCUCCUGCUAACCUUCUGCCGCUCGCCACCACCCCCAGCCCCCCUCAGCCACCCCAUCCUGCCCCGACAAACCCCCCCAUCCCCAUCUCCUCUCCGACCCCCUCUCUGCCCCUCUCCCCUCCACCCUCCAUCGUGAACUCCAGCGAGAUCCUUGUGGAGCUGGAGCGCAACAACAACUCUGCCAACGUCAAGAAGAAGGCCGGCCCGGCGGGGGGCGACAGCGAGCCCAACCUGAUCGACUGCCUGCUGGUCAGCCCCGCCGUCAACACUCUGUCCAUCCAGCUGCCGGCGCAGGCUGACCGGGUCUUGGGCUGCUUCGCCCUCAUUCUGAAGAUGCUGUCAGACUAUGACGACUGGAGGCCGGCUCUGGCCAGCCUGCUGCAACCCAUACCCUUCCCUAAAGAAGCUCUGGCACACGCCAAAUUCACCAAGGAGCUGAAGUACGUCAUUCAAAGGUUUGCUGAGGACCCGAGGCAGGAGGUUCACUCCUGUCUGCUCAGUGUGCGCUCAGGUAAAGACGGCUGGUUUCAGCUUUACAGUCCAGGGGGCGUGGCCUGCGAUGAUGACGGGGAGCUGUUCGCCAGCAUGGUGCACAUCCUGAUGGGCUCCUGCUACAAGACCAAGAAGUUCUUGCUGUCUCUGGCUGAGAACAAGCUGGGCCCCUGCAUGCUGCUGGCCCUGCGAGGGAACCAGACCAUGGUGGAGAUCCUGUGCUUAAUGUUGGAGUACAACAUCAUCGAGAACAAAGACACGCAGCUACAAAUCAUCUCCACCCUGGAGAGCACCCAGGUGGGCUUCCGCAUGUACGAGCAGCUCUGCGACCGACAGCGAGAGCUCAAAGAGCUGCAAAGAAAAGGUGGCCCCACCCGGCUCACUCUGCCCUCCAAGUCCACGGAUGCCGAUCUGGCUCGCCUGUUGAGUUCGGGCUCCUUUGGAAACUUGGAGAACCUGAGCCUGGCGUUCACCAACGUCACCAGUGCCUGUGCGGAGCAGCUCAUCAAACUCCCGUCGCUCAAGCAGCUCAAUCUCUGGUCCACACAGUUUGGCGACGCAGGGCUGAGGUUGUUAUCGGAGCACCUGGCCUGCCUUCAGGUUCUGAACCUGUGUGAGACCCCCGUCACGGACGCCGGGCUGGUGGCUCUGAGCUCGAUGAAGAGUCUGUGCAGCCUGAACAUGAACAGCACCAAGCUGACGGCCGACACCUAUGAGGACCUCAAGGCCAAACUGCCCAACCUAAAAGACGUGGAUGUUCGGUACACAGAGGCCUGGUGAUCGUCCACAAUCCCCCGCCCCACUCCCCGUCUACACCCACGCACACACACACAAAGACUGAAAGGCGAGGCCAUGCUUCAUCCAGGAAGUCAGAUGUCGUUCUGGCGCCAGGAUCACGACGUUUCAUUCAGCUUCAUUUUGCCCCCUUUAGUGAAACCAGACCAAGAGGUCGAAUCAGAACCACUUCAUGGACCGUAUACUCCCAGGGAAAUACUGUACAACGAGAACUUUGAGGACUUGAGUGACUAUGCGAGGCCUUUGUCUUCAGCCUUUCAAGUCUUUUCUUUUCUAAUACAACCUGAAUUGGGUUCCUGUAAAGGACACGCCCCCUGCUUUUCGCCCUGUUGUGCAAUGACGGAGGCUCAAUCUCUGAACGAUCAAACGGAUCCAGGAUGUAGCUCCGCGAACAGACGUGUCCACAUGAGAGCGCCUCUUCGGAUUCUCCUUCUCAUCCACUGGGAAGAUGGAGGUGCUACCUUGGAGAAAGAAGAUUGUGCCUAACCCCUUAUGUAAAAGCAAAGGAAAAAAAAAAAGAUUUUUAUCAACGUGAAUUAACAUAUUUUUCCAGAUAUCUGUGCUUUCGUAUGAUACAUUUCUAUAAAUGAAGAGACGACCCACGAUGCGUUACAGGAGCUCUGUAGGAACACUUUCAGUGUAAAUAAAUCCCUACCCCGUUUUGCAGAACGCAGUAGCUAGGUGGGGAGGUUUGGGACUGCCUCAUAUUUAUAUAAUCAGCUGUUCAAGGCCAGAGACCUUUUAAAAACUCGACCCCAACGCCAACAAAGAGGACAGCCACCGGCGGACGUGUCUGUGCCCGAGGGGGAUCAUGCACAGGCCAUCACCAGCUGAGAGUUGUAUAUUUUCAUAUCCUCUGCAAGAUUUUUUUGGGGGGGUGGGGGGUUUGGAGGACCUGCCAAACCCGGUCCUGGAGUUCAGCUGCUUUGUGAAAUUGUUUCCCCCAAGGCGUGGAUUCGACCCCGGCUGCUUGGACGUUGAUUUUUACCCGAACUUCUGCUGUAUUUAUACUCUACUGGGAAGUUUUUAGGCUUUCGUAACCCUUCGCAGCGGGCGGGACGGAUCUCAACCACACGUUGAGUCUGGGUGCUGCAGCAGGACACGCCGGUGGAAGGGUAGUGUCUACAUUCCUUUCAAGCGGUCUGCCCAAACGCCAGCGGCCAUCAUUGGGUGUAAAGAAACGGUCUGACUGCAUCCAUCCGUAUAAUUUAUUCGAGUUAGUCUUUAGAUGUUUGGACAGGACGCCGUCCACAAGACUUAUUUAUUGGGUGCCAUGACGGUUUUCUGUCGGUCCGCAGACUCGGUUUGUGUUUGGGUCUCACUUUAGACAUCAUGCUCUUUCAUAUCCUGUAUGAUGUAUAUACACGUGUAAAUAGUGCUUUCCUCUUUUUCAAUCCCUCUUUCCUCCCUCUCCCCUCAGUCGCCCUCUGCUGGCGGUCUGUUGUUGCCUUCAUCUGUGUGGUUCUUUUUGUUUUUUUUUUCACACAAAGUGCACUGUAAUCUGAAAAAAAAAAUGUUUCUGAUGCAUCUUAAUAGUUUUUAAAUGUUUCUUUGAUUUGAUCACUUAAAGGUUUCCUGUUUUUUUCUUGCACGUUCAUCUAAUCUUUUUAUUUUGUAAGUGUUCUUUUAAAAAAAAAAUGGUUUGGAAUGAUAAAAGUGGUUUAUUCACUUUUCCAUCACAGUUCAGGACUGAAGAGGAGCAGUCCCGUCCGUCCAGAGCUUUUAUCGUGUUGCUCGCGGCGGUUUAGAGACUGAAGCUGACACUUAUGUUCUAAUUGUGGUCUUUUUUUGUUUUGUUUUUUUACAAAGAUGCAAAUGUUCCUCGUUUCCUAAACAAUUUUUAGAUAAUCAUAUCAGAGGUGGAAUCCACUGAAGCUUUUUUUUUUUUUUCUUUUCUUCAAUAAAGCUGGUGGUUCCACAUGUCGACGAGCAGAAAACUUUACUGUCCUUUCUUUUGAUCCCUGAUGUUUUUGUCCUGUUUGCCACUUUGGGAGGGGGGAAAAUAUCCCGAAAGGAGAACUCAUUUAAAAAUGUUUAUCCAUUUAUUGUGAUAAUCCAGCCAGCAGCCGGUUAGUUUAGUUUAGCAGAAAGACUGGAAGGGAGAGAAACCGCAUCACUUGACACGAAGCUUGAAUCUUCAUGUUCAGUUUGGUUCUAUGCUGGUGCUGCUAGAGGCCAGCAGGGGGAGCCCAUUCUCCAUCAUUAGUCAGAAUAAGCAUUAAAGAAAAAACUAUUAACAGAUGAAACUGAUAAAAAUGUCUCUAAAAGCUUCUGUAGCAUCAAUUUGGUUGUGUUUUUUUGGCAAAUGUAAUAGUUUAGGAGUCACAUGACAGGAUUAACCUUACAAACACGGACUUUGUUGAAACCAAUACAUAAAAAAAAUUAAUUUCCUUAAAAGGUGCUGCAUACUGCUUUAUAUGCUUAAAAACUCUGUUUUCGAUUGUCGAUAAGUUUAUCUUGAAAACUACUGUUACUACACACUUACUUUUGCCAUAGUAACCAGGCAGUUUGUUAUUGGAGCUGUCGAUCUAUGACUUAUUGCUAAAAUAGGAUGCUACCAUUUUUACAGGAUGUCCAAGUAGUUUUUUACAGAAAACGCGGAACAGAUCUGGGCUGUUGGAGGUGAAUCCAGAUGAAAAGAUUUUGUAAAAAACCUUCGCAUUAUUUGGACAGUGAACGCAUCGUCAGAAAAAGUUUUGCUGUUUGAUCAGCCGGUUUCACGUCAGCAUUCCGACAACAGAACAGUGUAAUCAAGCUGUUGCACAUCUUUUUCCGCCCCAAACAUGAAGAAAAUGGAGUGGUUGCUAUGGACCAUCACCUUCAUUCAAGCCAACAAAACUGUUAGUGAGGUCCAGGUCCUGAGAACCAUGCAGGGUUCUCCGUGGUUCUCUCUUUUCCAGUCGCAUUGAUCUGCUUCUCCUGCUGGGUUGUUAUUAUAUAAUUAUUAUUAUUGCUGCUGCUCCGUGGCUGUUGUAAUAAGAAUACAAACAUCUUUGACAGGAAGAGUAACAACUAUGAUGUGAAAUAAUUUCAAUCAAAAAUAAAAUUGUCUGUGAAUGUUUA